ACAGCUGCAGUGUUAAGACAACGGCACUAGCCGAGGAGGUGCUUUGUAGCACCAGAGGAAGACUUGAAAAGACCUACAAGGUUGGAAAACGAGAAUUACCGGGUUGAUGUGGUGAGAUGUGCCAUUUUUGCCAUGGCAAAGGGUCUGCUUACAUGGGCCUGGCUGAAAAAGCCCUACUAUAUUCAGGCUCGCUUCUCCUACCUGCGUGUGAAGUACCUGUUCUUCACCUGGCUGGCGGUGUUCGUCGGCAGCUGGGUGGUGUACGUGCAGUACUCUUCCUACACGGAGCUGUGCCGUGGACACGGGUGCAAGAAUGCCAUCUGUGACAAAUACAGGAAGGGGGUGAUCGAUGGCUCCGCCUGCAGCAGCCUGUGCGACAAGGACACGCUGUACCUGGGGAAGUGUCUGUCCACCAAGCCCAACAACCAGGUGUACACGGGCAGCUGGGGGGAUCUGGAGGGGGUCGUCAAGUGCCAAAUGGGGGAGGUCCUGCACUACGAGCUGGGGGCGGAGAUGGAGCCCAGGAAGGAGGCUGCGCUCUUCGACAAGCCCACCAAAGGCACUUCCGUGGAGAAGUUCAAAGAGAUGGUCUUCAGCCAGCUGAAGGCGAAGGUCGGGGAGCAGGCCAACCUGCCGGACCUGGUGGCGCUGGUGCUGUCGGUCGCCGACGGCAACAAGGACGGCCACAUCUCCCUGCCGGAGGCGAAGUCGGCGUGGGCGCUCCUGCAGCUGAACGAGGUGCUGCUGAUGAUCAUCCUGCAGGACAAGGAGCACACGCCCAGGCUGCUGGGCUUCUGCGGGGACCUGUACGUCACUGAGAGGGUGCAGCACACCUCCCUGUACGGGGUCAGCAUCCCCUGGGUCCUGGAGCUGUGGAUCCCGUCGGGCCUGAGGCGCGGCAUGGACCAGUGGUUCACCCCGUCCUGGCCCCGCAAGGCCAAGAUCUCCAUCGGCCUGCUGGAGUUCGUGGAGGACGUCUUCCACGGCACCUUCGGCAACUUCCUCAUGUGCGACGUGCAUGCCGCCAACUUCGGCUACAACGACAAGCACGACCUGAAGAUGGUGGACAUGCGGCGGAUCGUUCCGGAAGCCGCCGUGCGGGAGGCCAUGCGCGAGCGCCGCUGCGAGGCUGACGCCGACUGCGUGUACGGCGCCGACUGCCGCACCUCCUGCGACCUCACCAAGCGCCGCUGCACCCCGGAGGUGCUCCAGCCCAACCUGGCCAAGGCCUGCCUGGCGCUCAAGGACUACCUCCUGAGGGGGGCGCCCUCGGAGAUCCGCGAGGAGCUGGAGAAGCAGCUCUACUCCUGCAUGGCCCUCAAGGGCAACACCGACCAGAUGGAGAUGGAGCACUCGCUCAUCCUGAACAACUUGAAAACUCUGCUGUGGAAGAAGAUCUCCUACACAAAGGACUCUUAGUGAAGGCUGCUGGACCGGUACUGUCACCUCCCUCCUCCUCCUCCUCGGGCCUUCAGGAAACAGCGGGGGGGGGGAUCCAACAUACUGUACAAUCGCAAUGGGAGAAAAGAAAAAAUGCGUCGGCAUUAUUUUAUUUGUUUGUGAAUUCGUUUGUGUACCGUGUACAUUUACCAUUAAGAAUUUUAUUUCCCACUUUAUUUUUUUUUUUAGUUUUUUUAGAUUGUGCCAUACUAAAAGUGAUCUCAACUCCAAGUGGACUUGAUUUUGGGGAGCCAGAAAAAAGGGGUGCCUUCAGACAUUAGCACAUUAUAAUUCUUCUGCAUCCACUACACGAAAAUUGGAUGUUUUUUCCCACUUCUGAAGGAAGUUUCAUUGAUUAAUUGCAGCGGUUUGGUGCUGCUGUUGCCACAUUCAUUCGUUAACCUCUUUGCUAAUGCAAGUACUAUGUUCUUGUAAUGUUUACGGUUUUUUAAAUUGGAGAACCACUAUGUAGUACAUUCUGUGCUGAAGGCCAUUUGCUGCUGUAUGAAAAUGAAUUGCAACAAUCCAGAAAUUAAGAUGUUUACCGUACAAUGUUGAAGUAGCAUGAUGAAUUUGCACAUUAAAUGAUGUACAACACAGCUUGUCUCUCAAUGCAGAUCCUCCACAAUACACAAACUUGUGUAUAUUCAGGUACAUAGCACAACAGAAGCUCGGUCUCACUGUGAAAUCAGUCCAGUGAAAAACAACAUUCUCACUGCUUCAGAGAGAGGCAUGCCAGUACUUGUUUCAAUUUUAGGCAUAAAACCCGAAUUAUAAUUCAUCUCAGAA